AUGGUUGAUGCAGCUCUAAUCAAUAGUUUGCUUUUAAAUUUGGCACCUCUUAUUAAGGAUGAAUUCUCGUUGUUUUGGAAUUUUAAGAAAGAGGUUCAAAAGCUAUCAAGUACGCUAUCUUCAAUUAAUGUCGUACUUGAGGAUGCUGAGAGGAAGACUUGCACCUUUAAAGAUCUUCGUCUUAAAGUCAAAAGGCUUAAUGCCUCCUCCUCUUCAACCGGUCGGAUCCAGGUAACCAACUAUAUCACCCAUCCUUUUAAAAAUACUUGGACGCGUCUCAAAAUUGGUCACAAAAUUAAGGAUGUUCAAGAGAAACUAGAUCAAAUUUCUUCAGAACGAGAAAUGUUACAUUUGCGUGAAUCUAUUCAUGACUCAAAAAUAGAUAAGUGUACUAGUAGUUGGCGUGAAACCAUGUCUCUUCCUAGUUGUAGCCAAGUAUAUGGGAGAGAUAAGGAGCAUAAAGAGAUUGUUGAUAUUCUUGUCAAUAAUACAUCUAGUGUUAGUGUUGCUAAAGAGUUAUCUGUUCUGCCCAUUGUUGGAAUUGGGGGUAUAGGUAAAACAACACUUGCCCAAAUGGUAUUCAAUGACUACAAGGUUUCUAAGCAUUUUGAUCCCAAAAUAUGGGUUUGUGUUUCUGAUGAAUUUGAUAUUAAGUUGGUAAUCAAAGCCAUAUUAGAAGAAAAGGCAGAAGCUUGCUUAGAAGAAUUGCAGAAAAAAGUCAGAGAAAAAUUGAGAAGAAAAAGAUAUUUGAUUGUAUUGGAUGAUGUUUGGAAUGAUAAGGUUGAGGCAUGGAAUCAGUUGAGAUCUAUAUUAGAUUGUGGAUCAAAGGGUGCUUUCAUCCUAACUACGACACGUAAAAGAAAUGCGGCGAAAAUCAUGGAAACGAUUCAACAUUUAGAGUUAUCAUCCCUCUCGGAAGAUGAAUGUGUUCCUUUAGUUGUCAAGACAUUGGGAAGUCAAUUGUUGUUCAAUGAUGACGAAAAGGAAUGGUGCAGAAUAAAAGAUAGUGAGAUAUGGGAGAUAUCCCAAAAUGAAGAAUCCAAUGUCUUGUCUAUUCUAAAGUUGAGUUACUAUGAUCUUCCUUAUCAUUUGAAAAGAUGCUUUGUGUUUUGUGCUAUAUUUCCGAAGGAUACUGAAAUUAAAAAAGAAAUAUUGAUCCAAUUGUGGAUGGCCCAUGAUUUAAUUCCUACAGUUAAAAAUCAAGAAAUUGAAGAGAUGCAUGAUCUUGCCCAAUCUGUUAUGAAAGAUGAAUGUUAUACGAUUAAUGCUAAAAGAUCAAAUGAUGGUUUAGGACGUGAAAUUCGUCAUGUAACAGUAAUGGUUGAUCAGUUAGACAAAACAUCAGUUUAUUCUCUUAAGAAAAUUGGUGGGUUGCAAUCAAUAAUGCUUUAUGGAAAAGAUGACGAUGUAAACGUCAAAACUGAGAUAUUGUGUGUCUUAAAGGAAUUUCCGUUUAUACGUGUCUUUGAAGUAAACUGCAAUAAAUAUCAAGAUUUGCGUUAUGUGCAGUAUCAAUAUUUGCGUUAG